UAUAAUGUCCACAAAGUCCCAGAAUCCUCCGCGCCGCCGGCCGAGAAGGUGACAGGGGACGGUGAAAAUGGCCACUGCCUACCUUACUCACCAACAGAAAGUGUUGCGGCUUUACAAGAAAUCACUGAGACACCUGGAGUCAUGGUGCAUCUUCAGAGACAAAUACCGGUUCUAUGCCUGCAUACUGCGGGCUCGCUUCGAUGAGAACAAGGGAGAGAAGGACAUGGUGAAGGCCACCAAAAUGCUGAAGGCAGGAGAGGAGGAGUUCUGGGCAAACCAGCAUCCUCAGCCCUACAUCUUCCCCGACUCUCCCGGAGGGACCUCCUAUGAGAGAUAUGAGUGCUACAAGGUCCCAGAGUGGGUGCUGGACCACUGGCAUCCCUCAGAGAAGGCCAUGUACCCUGACUACUUCUCCAAGAGAGAGCAGUGGAAGAAACUGAGGCUGCAGAGCUGGGACAAAGAGGUUGCCCAGCUGCAGGCUGAGACUCCAGCCAGUGGCCCAAGGACCGAAGCCCUCCCUCCUGCCCGGAAGGAGGGAGACCUUCCCCCUCUGUGGUGGCAGUACGUCACCCGUCCCAGGGAGCGCCCCACAUAAACACCCUCCACCUCGUGCAGUCUGAGGGAGAAACUGUCUCCAACACAUGGCAACAGCAGCGCCUCUUAAUGAAUUACCAUCUAUCUGUAAAUAAUGUUGUCAUUUCUGUGGAGGUUCCCCUGAGCAGGUUGCUGAGAAAACCACCUGUCUGAAUUUACACUGAUCCUUCAGAAAUCAGUUUAACGAGGUUGGUGACUUUGGAAAGUCCUGUAGAUGUAUCAAUUAAUAACUGUUCCAGUAAAUAAAUUACAUGAUGUAUCUUG